GUUCUAUAAUUUUUGCUCUCGUUUAGGGUAUAAUUUUCCUCUUCGAUGCGAGCGUUGUGGCUCGCCAUUCCCGCGAGCGUCGCCAAUGCAGUUCCUCCUCAAUCGACGCAUUUCCAGCGCCGACGAUUCGUGCCCGAGCUGACAAGCACUGUGAUUACUUCUUUCACAGGGAGCAAGACUCGGCUUCCAACAUUGUGGGCAAGGAAAGAGGCGAUUGGAGCCUUUUCGGUGCAGCAGUCUGUGGAUUUCAUCUCUUUCGAUGGUGCCGCCGGUGCUGUCAGCGAGAUCGAGAUGCAAAAGACGCUCAGGCUGGUCGAGUGCGCGAUGCUUGCAUCGACCGCGGGUUUGGCGUAUUUCCUAAGCAACUUAUUUCGGUUCGAGUCUUACUUUGGAUGCUUCUUUCCACUUCCUAUUGUCAUUUCCGCGAUGAGAUGGGGCGCUGCCGCUGGUCGCAAAACAAUGGUGACCACAGCGUUGCUUCUUCUUGUCAUUGCUGGACCUCUCAAGGCUCUUUCUUACGUCCUCAUGCACGGAUUUCUCGGCGUUGCGAUGGGUGCGUUGUGGAGAUGGAGAAUCAACUGGGGCGUCUCCAUCCUUGCUUGUACACUGGUCCGUGCUCUUGGAGCGAUUGGUUUUGUGUUUCUGUCUUCCUGGCUGAUCAAGGAAAACAUCCUCAACCUGAUCACCAUAAACACCCAUGCUUCCCUCUCGUACAUGGUGGCGGCAAUGGGGAUCAACAUCUCGCUUACAAUGCCGACCAUCUAUGCUGUGUUCACGUCCCUGCUUAUCGUGAACUGCGCAUCGUUUGUGUUCCUCCUCCAUGUUUUGUACGCGAUUAUUCUUCAGGGCCUGGGAAUCAAGUCGUCACUGGCUGUUCCUGGCUGGAUGUCGAGAUCCAUGUAAGAUCAAAGGAUGCUUACCCGGAGUUCAUCCUUGUACAGUCACGAUUUUUUGGCAUUGAUAUAAAAAUCUGGGAUGGUGGAGAA